AUGGUUUCAAUCACUGCUUUUCGCUCCGUCUUCGUCACGCAGGCUUCUAGAUCCAGUGGAGACAAAGCAAGACCAUGGUACUCCUCGACUGUUGCAAGACUUCGAAAGGCUCGUAAGUCAGCGGAAGAUCACGAUCUAGAAACACUUCCUGCGAUCCCGGCUGGUACCAUGACGGGCAUGCGGACAUUCAUCAGAGGAAGUCGGCUUGGUGUGGGGCCGGAAACAUACGACGAGUUGACUGGCUUUGAACCCUCGAAGCGCACCGGACGCGAAGUCGUGGUCACUCAAGAUGUUUCAUGGGAAGAAGAGAAAAUACAUCCUCACGGUGCUCACAUCAAUAACGCAGCGUAA